AGUGCGGGCGUCAAGGACCGCGGGAGGAAAACUCUCAGGGCUACGAUUUCUUGCUGGAAGCGAUGUUUCUCUGUGCAAGGAGACGUGGCAGAGUGCCCGACUUGAUGCUCCCGGGCCGGCAGGCCUCUGUGAACUGCAGAGGAACGUGAUGGAUGGGGACGGGGGAGGGAGAAGCUCGUCGGCUGGUGGGGAUACGGGCAGCUGCCCUCCGUGUCUACUCCGACUGUGGAGGUCCAUGUCCCGCGGUGACCUAUGAAAAUGGUCCGGUACUCUCUUGACCCGGAAAACCCCACAAAAUCAUGCAAAUCAAGAGGCUCAAAUCUUCGUGUUCACUUUAAGAACACCCGUGAAACUGCGCAAGCCAUCAAGGGUAUGCAUAUCCGAAAAGCCACCAAGUACCUGAAAGAUGUCACAUUAAAGAAGCAAUGUGUGCCAUUCCGGCGUUACAAUGGUGGAGUUGGGAGGUGUGCCCAGGCCAAACAGUGGGGCUGGACACAGGGCCGGUGGCCCAAAAAGAGUGCUGAAUUUUUGCUGCACAUGCUUAAAAAUGCAGAGAGUAAUGCUGAACUUAAGGGUUUAGACGUAGACUCUCUGGUCAUUGAACAUAUCCAGGUGAACAAAGCACCCAAGAUGCGCCGUCGUACUUACAGAGCUCAUGGUCGGAUUAACCCAUACAUGAGUUCCCCCUGCCACAUUGAGAUGAUCCUCACUGAAAAGGAACAAAUUGUUCCUAAACCAGAAGAGGAGGUUGCACAGAAGAAAAAGAUAUCCCAGAAGAAGCUAAAGAAACAAAAACUUAUGGCACGGGAAUAAAUUCAACAAAAAAUAAAUGCAAAUAAAAAAAUGUUGGUUGUCUUUUAUUAUGUUUGUGUGGUGGUGUUGGGGGUUGAAUCCAGGGUCUAGCAAGUAUUUUGGGUAUUGUCACAAGUCAUAAACUAAAAUUAGAAACAGGCUUUUGUUUUUGUUUGGGGUCUUUGGCCUUGAACCCCUAGGAUCAAAGUCAUUCUCAAGCUUCUGAAGUAGCUAGGAUAUUCCAAAAUAUGCUGUUUUGAUUAUGUUGAGAUCCUUUGUAUAAAAUGUAAUAUGGGGAAAUUUCUGAAACUCUGUAUUUUUUAAACAGCCUUGAGAUUUAGCAUACCAUACAGUCCACCCAUUUACAAAGGGUAUUUUUUUAUUUUGAGAUGUUUCCCUAAGUUGCUGAGGCUGGUGUUGAAUUUGGAAUCCUCCUGCCUCAUGCUUACCAGUUGCUGAGAUUACAGGCAUGCAUCAUCAUACCUAGCCCAUCAGAGUCCUAACAGUAGUUAACUCAUUCUCCAUUUCCCCUAUUGAUCAUCUAUUUUCUGUAUAGAUCUGCCUCUUAAGAACAUUUCAUGAAAAUGGAGUUAGUGUCUGAUUUGAAUUUCAUGGCAUGUUUUUUGGGUUUGUGUGUACUAUGGCAUGUAUUCCAUAUAAUCAAUUCCUGAACAGUGGCUGUUACAAAUAGUGUU